CUUCCUGUUUGGCAGAAGGAGGAAGCAGGAUGUGUGAAAUCUCACAUGUGCUUGUUGUUAUGUGACAUCCUGUAACAUAUCUGUAGUGGUGUGUCCAUGCCUAUUAGAACCAGCAGCUUCAUCUUCUGUUUAUUUUGGAUAACUAUGGCCCAGCUCUUGCAAGAAGAAAAAGAAAAAACUACUGCACUCAAAGAUCUAUUGUCCAGGAUAGAUUUAGACGAACUGAUGAAAAAAGAUGAACCUCCGCUGAACUUUCCUGAAACUCUAGAUGGGUUUGAAUAUGCCUUCAAUGAACAUGGUCAGUUAAGACACAUAAACACAGGAGAGCCGUUUGUCUUCAACUACAAGGAGGACCUACAUAGAUGGAACCAGAAAAGAUAUGAAGCACUGGGAGAGAUCAUUACAAAGUAUGUUUAUGAACUCUUGGAGAAUGACUGCAACCUGAAGAAGGAGAUCCUUCCCGUCGAUGCGACUGAGGAUGAACCGAAAAGCUUUAUUUACGUGAGCGAGGAUGCCCUCACUAACCCGGAGAAGAUCAUGGUUCUCAUCCAGGGCAGUGGAGUGGUAAGGGCAGGCCAGUGGGCUCGACGCCUCAUCAUUAAUGAAGACCUCGACAGUGGGACGCAGAUACCCUUCAUUACCCGUGCCAAAGAGGAGGGCUACGGGGUGAUUGUGCUGAACCCCAACGAGAACUCUCUGGAGGUGGAGAAGGUUCCGGAUCCAGCCAAGAAAGCGUCCCCGGAUGCUUCCGAUGAGCCUGCUGAAAAGAGAGAGAGGAAGGAAGAGCGGGAGAGCAAGAAAAAGAAGGACUUUUAUGAGAAGUAUCGCAACCCACAGAAGGAAAGGGAGACGGAGCGCAUCCCGAUUCGAGAAAACAGCUCUCCGGAGGAACACACACUUUAUGUGUGGGACCACUUCAUCUCUAAAUCACUCGCGAAAAACAUCUUCAUCGUGGCACACAGCUAUGGCGGCUUGUCAUACGUGAAUUUGAUGAUUCAGCGAGAAGCAGAAGUGAAGAAUCGUGUUCGUGCGGUGGCCAUGACUGACUCUGUCCAUAACGUCUGGCACCAGGUGGCCAACAAGUCCAUUCAGGACUGGCUCAGAGAGCACUGCUGUAACUGGGUGUCGAGUCCUGAGCCCCUGGAUACUCUAGUGGACCCCAUGCUCAAUGACUGCCCUCGUGUUUCAGCAGGAACCGAGAAGCACGAGUUAACAUCAUGGAAGAGCUUCCAGUCCAUCUUCAAGUUCUUUAGCAAUGCUCUCAAGGACCAAGAGGAUGAUUCCUCCUCCAGCCCGGUCACCACACGCAGCUCCCACCGUAUAAAACACGACGACUUAUAGAGGGCUCACAGAUCCCACAGCCCAGCUUUGUCAACCUCUUAGUUGCUUUUCUCCUCUGUUCUUUUAUGAAAGAUAUUCCUCCUUGAAGUCCUCCUCCCAGUGUAUUGUAACUCUGAGGAGCGCAGGGUCAGCAUGUAUACAUCAGAAUAGCGUUUUGCGUUACUUCUGGAUGAGUGCAACUGUCAAAGCAAUAUGGCUUCACUGCUUGUGCCUCCUGUGGGCCGCUGUGUGGAUUUGGUGGUGGCCCAUCGGUGGCCAGAUUAAGGCUGACAGGCGGCGCCGCACACCGCCUCUUGAUGCACCUCUAAUUAUCCUGACAUUGUCCUGAACUGAGCUAAUGCCUGGGAAGCACCUGCACACACACACAUUUCUGGCAGGUCCUAGUGCCUGCCUGCAAAGUCUUUGUAUUGAUUUCCCCCCACAUUGUUUCUUUUUGACCGGGAUCUUUCUUGCUUUUAAAAUACUGGAGCGCUUAGGAAUUUUGUAUAUCAGAUGCUAAAGGCUUACGGGUUGUUUGUUCCAUACAUAUAACUUUAACUGGGAAAAAGCAACUUGCCGACUCACCCAUCCAUUCAAUGGCUAUCUUGAGACUAGAUUAAGAAUGAACACAAUGAAGUAAGCCAUUGACAGCAUGACAGAUUUAAAGAAUCCUCCUCUGUUUUUAAAUCCCUUAAAACCUUAUGCGAGCAUGAGUUUUAGGAAUAUCUCCCAUUAACGGAGCCGACUUGUCAGUCUGGGAAUAUCUUAUGCGCCAGGAUCAGGGAGAUUUAAUGUUUUCCAAAGUACAAAAGCCAUUCCUUGAGGUAUUUGCCAAUUUAACCUGCCCUUUUUUUGCUGAGUCAAUGACUAUUCGGACUGUUUUAACACCUCACUGUCAUCCUCUGCUAAAUACUUGAUGUUACUGUCUCAGCCAAGACAAGAAACAUUGUCUCCUGGACAAUGUGGUAUUAGCAGAGGCUUAAAGAUAUGUCGCUCAGGCAUGUCAACAGAUCACUCUGCUUUAGCUUGAAAAUGAAUCUCUCAGUAAGGCCUCUGGUCUCAUCAUUUUUAAAACUAGAAUUUGUAAUUGGUUAUUUGGAUUUCUCAAGUUAUAAGCAUUGUAAAUAGUGCUUUAUGCAUAUUUCAUAUAUUAUUUUUAUCCAAAAUAGAGAUGUAACUACAAUGGAAGAAAUGCAAGACCCCAGAUGCUUUCAUGUUUUGAAACUAUUUUUACAAUGAAUUCAACUUUUAAUAUACCUGCAAAUAUUCAUUAGAUGCCACUGAUCAACUGCAAGUUGCUUAUACUGUUUCGUUAAAAUUGCUUUAUCCCAAUAUUGUUGCCUUAGGAAAACACACACAAAUUUUAUCUUUUACUCUUUUUUUUUUUUUCAAGCGUAGACUGACAAGCCAUAUGUGAAUGUCACUCUCGCGCUAAGUGCAGCCUUAAACCAAAUCGAAAACCUAAUUGGUUUGCAAAUUAGGACUCAUUUUAAACAAUAAUAUUUUAAUCGACGAGAUUCUAUGUUUUUUAAAAAGCAUUUUAAUCACUCUGAAGAAUUGUGUUGUUUGUUCCACAAGUGUAAUUGUUUUAAAUUGUAGGCUAUAAAUAAGUUUGAUUAGCUUUCGAUGGGAAUGCAUUCAAUGAAAACAUGAUGUUACUUUAACUUCACUUUUCAUAAAUCGUUCAAAUAUGUUAGUCUUUCGUCUUUUAAUUGAUGGCAGUUGUGUGCCCUGAUUACUCGUUCACUUCAUUUCCAUAUAAUUUGAGUGUAAUAAGGAUCUUCAUACUUUCUGUAAUUAAAUAAAAUUCUUUAUAAAAAAA